UGGCCUGGCCCGGCGCUUGGUGCGCUGGACUUUCGAGUACGUCGUGGACUGCGUGAAGCAGUCCUCCGUGCACGGCAUGCAGCACAUCGUGACCCCCAGCCGACGCCAUCCCUCCGAGCGCGUGCUCUGGAUGAUGCUGGUGAUGUCGGCGGUGUGCGGCACCGUAACCCUCUCGGUGUCGACGUGGUACCGCUACCUCAGCGCCCCCACCGUCAUCUCCAUGGAGCGCGACUACAUGGCCUGGAACACCAGCUUCCCGCCCAUCACCAUCUGCCCCGAGAGCAAGUUCGACCCGGACCUGGUGACGCAGGCCGUCAGCGAGUUGGCCGAGGAGUUCGGCGCGAAGAACGAGACCGCCCUGCGCGCGUUCGUGGAAGGCCUGGCCGGCGCCACGCUCAUGUCCCUGCCCGACGUGCCCGUCGUGCCCGACACCCACCAGCACAUCCCGAGCCACGCCUUCCUGCGGAUCAUUGAAAAGGUGUCGCUCCCGAUGAACAUGACGGUGGUGACGGGCGCCACGGACGCGGCCUCCCACGACCCCACGCUGGCGCCGACCCUCACCGAGCAGGGCGUCUGCUACUCCUUCAACUCGCUGGUGGCGCCCUACGUGUCUCCGCGGUACUGGCGGCUGGGCGAGGACGCCGUCAAGGGCCGAGGGGGGCUGCUGGAGCUGAACCCGCUGGACGGUUCGGUGAUCGCGCAGCUGUCGGGGCUGCCCGGCCAGUACCAGCUGUUCGUGCACGGCCCGGGGGAGGUGCCGGCCCUGCAGUCGCCCUUCCUCACCGCGCCGGCGGGCAGCUUGAAGCGGCUCGAGCUGUCCACGCUGGCGGUGCUCACGGCGAGGGAAGUCCGCGACGUCACGCCGCAGCAGCGCCGGUGCCGCUUCACGGACGAGCCCAUGACGGCCACGACGGACACGGAGCUGGCGCCGCGCGUGCCCGUGUACUCGUACAACCUGUGCCGCCGCAGCUGCCGCGCCGCCCUGCUGCUGCGCGCGUGCAGGUGCGUGCCGCACCUGUACGGCCCCAUGCACAACAAGCACGGCGUCCAAGUGCCGAUGUGCGAGGUGCGAGACUUCGGCUGCGUCACGGCCAACCUUGGCUUCGCCUCCACCAUGGUGAACCCCGACACGGGGGAGCCGUUCCCCUGCCACUGCCUGGUCAACUGCGACGAGGACCAGUACGUCAUCGAGAGCGACACGAACAACAACGAGUGGUUUUUGGGGACGGACUUGAAGUGGAGCUUGAACAAGUACCCGCGGAUGCGACUCAAGAGGCACCUGACCUUCGGUGUGCAGGACCUUCUCGUCCACGUGGGCAGCCUCUACGGUCUGUUCCUCGGCGGCUCCGUGCUGUGCAUCGUCGAGCUGGUGUACUUCCUCACGCUGCGCAUGUACUGGCACGCGCGCGCCACGCUGCUGGCGCAGGACCCUAAGGACCCUGCCGGCGGGUGGAAGGGGGCCAGCGCGGGCCCCGGUGCCGUGGCCGUGUAG